AUGGUCUUUCUGAGUGAGACCAAAAACAGGUUCAGAUAUAUGAAAAAGGUCCAAGAUAUGUUGAGGUAUGAUGAAAGUGUAAUCGUGGAAGCUAUGGAUAGGAAAGAAGGCAUGGCCUUGUUUUGGAAUCAUGAUAUACAGGUUAGGAAGAUGGUAACAACUGCUCUAACUAUAGAGGCUCUAGUUAUAGAUCCGGACACCCAGGUUGAGUGGUGGUUUAUUGGUGUUUACAUGAGUUGUGAUGCUAAUAUCAGGAAAGAACAAUGGAAAGUUUUGACUUUGAGACAACAAUUGUGGGGGGAUAAAUGGCUUCUAGCAGGGGACUUCAAUGAUAUACUCUUUAAUGAGGAGAAGUGGGGUGGCAGAACAUGGAGCAAUAAUUGGGAAGAUGAGGGAGAGAUAAGGCAAAGACUGGAUAGAGGCUUGAGUACAAUAGAAUGGGGCCAAAUUUUUGACAAGGCUAAAUGUGAACAUGUGGAUACUCUUGGAUCAGAUCAUAGCAUGCUGCUCAUAGACAAUUGGCCAAGAAUAGAGAAAAGAAAAUCAAGAUUUUUCUUUGAUAAGAGAUGGCUCAAAAGGUCAGAGGUCAAUCAGAUUGUUGAGCAAGCUUGGAACCAAACAGUAGAAAGAAAUAGGAUGUAUAGGAUUACAAGACAGGUUGCUAACUGUAGAGUGGCUCUCCUCAAAUGGAAAAACAAUUUCACAGGGAAUUCUUUGAUAAAAAUCAACCAAAUGAAGCAACAGAUUAAGGAGGUUAAGGACUCAAAGGAUGCAGGCUCCAAGGAUAAGAUUGCAGAUUUGAAGAAUCAGUUGAAAGUGGCAUAUUCAGAAGAGGAGCAGUAUUGGGCUCAGAAAGCAAGAAUUGACUGGUUGAGAGAAGGGAACAAGAAUACCAAAUUCUUCCAUCCAUGUGUGAAGGGGAGGAGAAGGAAAAAUAGAAUGCUCAACAUUCAGAGGGAGGAUGGAACUUGGACAAAAAAUGAGGAGGAGCUGGGAAAGGAAGUAGCUGACUACUAUAGAGUCCUUUUCUCUAGUUCUGGGAGUGAGGGUCUUGCUGAGAUUCUAAGUGGUAUACCUCUAACAAUCACUACUGAGAUGAAUGACAAGCUAACUAAAGAGGUGAGUGAUAUAGAAAUCAAAUCUGCUCUCUUCUCCAUGAAUCCAAAUAAGGCUCCAGGUCAAGAUGGCCUACGACAGAGUGGAGAGGAAAUUCCUGGAUUCCAUGAUGGACAAGAUGGGCUACUGCACAGUCUAGAGGAAAUGGAUAUGGAGCUGCCUCUCAUCAAAGGGUUCUCCAAUUUAUUGAAGCAGGCUGAAGAUGGAAAAAGGAUUUUAGGGAUGAAGAUAAGCAGGAAUGGUUCAAGCUUGACCCAUUUAUUUUUUGCUGACGACUCACUGGUCUUCUGUAAAGCUGACAGAGAUGAAGCCAAUGAACUCUGUCAAAUUCUUAGGAAGUAUGAGAAGGCAUCAGGCCAAGUUAUAAAUUUGGAAAAGUCCUCAGUUUUUUUCAGUAGCAAUGAUAGUAUUAGCAGAAGAAUGAAUAGCUGGAAGAACAAGUUGCUUAGCCAAGGGGGGAAGGAAGUAUUAUUGAAGUCAGUCUCCAUGGCGAUGCCAGUUUACACAAUGUCCUGCUUUAAACUCCCUAACAAACUGUGUAAAGAAGUGACAUCCAUAUUUGCUAAUUACUGGUGGGGAGAAUCUGAAGGAAGAAAUAAGAUGCAUUGGUGUUCAUGGGGGAGAUUGGCUAGAGAUAAAAAAGAGGGAGGCUUGGGCUUCCGGAGUUGCAGAAUUUCAACAAAGCCUUGCUGGCUAAACAGGUCUGGAAGCCUGAUGAAUGUGAGGGAGUUUGUGCGAAAAGGAACCAGAAGGAAGAUAGGUAAUGGCAAAGCAACAAAUAUCUGGGAGGAUAAUUGGAUCCCUAGAAAUAAGGAUGGGAAAGUCACCACUGCGAUGCCUCAGAGUUGCAAUAUCAGAAGGGUAGAAGAGCUGAUCAGUGGCUUUAGAUGGAGGAAACCAUUAGUGAGUCGGAUAUUCAACAGGAAGGAUGCGAAAGAAAUCCUUGAUAUUCCUAUCAGUAUUGUAGGAAGGGAGGACAGCAAUUAUUGGUUACAUAGUGGCAGUGGUACCUACACGGUCAAUUCAGGAUAUAAAGCUCUAUGUCAGGAAACAUCUCAACACAAGGAAGAGAGAUAA